AUGGACUGCCAGUCCGUCGUGGACAACUGUGGUGACAUGUGCAUAGUGAAAGAAUGCACGAGAUAUGUUGAAGCUCGCUGCCUACCCCUGCGGCAAUCUACUUCCUCUUCGAUACACAACGUCUGCUGCGUGGUCAAGCUCGACCGGGAGGAGAUUUUUCGAACGACCACGACGUUUCAGUCGUCGAACCCGUUCUUUGGCGACGAGUUUCAUUACGAAGUGCCCCGUAAGUUCCGGCUGCUGUCGUUUUACCUGUUCGACCAGUACUCGGGCAGAAUUGCUAGACACCUCGGUCGAAUCACGUUUCGCAAGCAAGACAUCGUCAAGUACUCGGGUUCCGAACGAUGGUAUCAUCUGAAACCCCUGAACAGACACUUGGACGUCACGGGCAAGAUCUGCUUAGAGCUUUCCUUCGUUGACGACGAGCGCCACCCGGGUAGUGCCAGGCGAUUGCACAUGCGCGACACAGAACAGAACGCAGUCGUUUUCGACUCAAUCGGCUCCGACUGCGCGGCCGAAUCCGCCGAUGCACCGUCAUCUGGUCUUCUUACCGAUCACGCUGCUUUCCGUUCCUUAACGGCCAUGUUUUUUUUCGAAAUCACACCGAGGAUCUGA